AUGUCUUCUAUCCGCAAAACCACUGUCCUCAUUACGGGUUGUACACCUGGUGGCAUCGGCCACAGCCUUGCUACCGAGUUCCAUCGUCGCGGCUGUCAUGUGAUCGCAACCGCGCGCAACCCCGAGAUUCUGAAGGAACUCGAAACUCAAGGGUUCAGCAUUGCUCAGCUGGACGUCACCGACCAAGCAAGCGUGGAUGCCUGCAAGAUGGACACUGAGCGCCUCACCGGAGGAAAGCUCGACAUUCUAGUGAACAACGCUGGCCGCCCCCAUGUGAUCCCCAUCCUCGAUGGUGACAUGGAUGACAUCCAGAAGACCUACGACGUCAAUGUCUUUGGGCCCAUGCGCACCGUCAAGGCCUUUAUACCGUUGCUCAUCAAAGCCCGUGGCCUCAUUGUCAACAUCUCUUCGACCUCGUCGCAGGUCCCUUAUCUCUUUGGCGGGAUCUACUCUUCCACCAAGGGCGCCAUUGACACCUGGUCCCGCGCACUGCGACUGGAACUCGAGCCCUUCAACGUCCGCGUCAUGGUGGCGAUGACAGGCACAGUCAAAUCCAAUUUCGCCAGCGGGCCUCACAGACCGCUCCCCAAGGACUCACUGUACAUGCCUGUCAAAGACAAGUUUGAGUGGCGGUUGACCUUUAGUCAAAAGCACGGCACGUUUGCUACGGAUCAAUAUGCGAAGGCCUUUGUCGAUAAUGCACUAAAGGGCGAGGGCUGGUUUGGUGGCCUUAUCGCGGGCUCUCCGUUCUGGUUUUGGUGUGGAGGACUGACGACCAAGGUCUGGUUGUUGACGCUGUUGCCCCGGGUGGUGAUGGAGCGCAUCUUCUCGGUGUACUGGGGCAUGGGCGAGAUGAAGCGGAGGAUUGAGGAGGCGGCCAGAAAGAGGGUUGAUUGA